AUCGCAGUUCUGGAAGCCCGAUUUCAAGAGGCACGGGAGAUGACGGAACAGAUGAGAAACGAGCGUGAUUCCGCGCGACUUGAGAUUGCGGGAGCCACGUCGCGCGCAGCUGAGGUUGUGGAAAUCAUGCGUGACGAAAUCCGCAGCGUGAUCAGUCCGCUUGGGACCGGGAGCGGGAUCGGUUUGUGGAAGAGAUUCAGGAGCUGAAGCUCGAAGUUGCCCGCGCGAAAGUUGCGGCUGCUGCAACUAGCGAAGACACCGAAAUGAAGACUUGGCUGACAAAGCUGGAAGCCGACAACCGGAAAUUACGGGAGGAAGUUGCAGAGGUCAAAGCCCUGCGUCGUGAACGCCGUGAAUCCGAUUUUGAGGCGGCUCGCAUCAGAAACCAACUCAACCGAUUGGAGGAGCAGAAUGCCAGUCUCGCCGCUGAGACAGCUCAGAAGCACGCCGAAUGGGAACAGGAAAGAGGCAGAUUGCAGCGAGAAGCCGAACGGCACCAGGCCGCUCAAGAUGAAAACGAGGCUCCAAAACGGGCAGAAGCAUUGGUCGCUACUCGGCAAGCGAAGCGCGGCAAUCGUAAACAGCCUGCUUCUCCCGAGGAAGUCGAGAAUACUGCUGUCACGUCCACCGUUAACGGAAUCGAGCCGGUGCUACAAAAGACCCAUGUUGCACCCAAGGCUACGCGUAAGCCAAGGAAAGCGAACGCCAAACUUCCGGACGCGGAGAACUCUACCGGAACUGCUGCCCAACAGCCAACGAACAACGACACAGAAUCUCCUUCGCAACAGCCAAAAUCCGCAAGCGCUGCUGAGCCGCAUGAGCUUCCAGAAACGCGAACGAACGGCAGGCCACGCCGAGCUGCGCAAAGGACCGAAUGGUGGAAAAUCAAUGGUACCGGACUGCCAGCCGCAGCUUCUACGGAGGAGGAUGCAAUGGACGACGAAAGUGAGAAUGAGCCACAUGGUGGAAAGCAAAGGACAACCACAUCAAGGAAAGCCAAGCAUGUUCGAGAGCCGCCAGAAGAGCCGAUGCCCGCUGAAAAUCGCGAGAAUGUCCUUCCAGAACGGGGGGCGGAGAAGGAAGUCCCAGGACAGGCACCGAGGAAGCGGAAACGAAAGGCCAUCGAAGAUGAGGAUGUUGCGCAAGAACCGGACGAGCGCGAUGUCCCUGCCCCGAACAAACUUACCAAACCAACCGCGAAGAGCAAAAAGUCAGAAGACCAGGCGACUGCCUCAGAGCAGGAUUUUUCCAACAAUGUGGGACAGGAGUCCACGGAGACCCAAGUAGAAGUAAGCGAAGCUACAUCGAGCAAGCAAGGCACAAAGACAACAAAGGGCGCGAGAAAGGCAACGGCAAAGGAGAUACCGAUUGCAGUGCAACCCACAGGGCCAAUAUCCGUGGAGGACAUUCUUGGUUUGGGAACAACCUCAUGCAAGGAGGACCCGAAGAGCAAAUCGAAAACCGCAAGGGCGAAGAAGCCAACAAAGAACGGCACGAGCGUGGUGGCAGAAUCCGCGGAAUCCGAAGGUCCGGUUUUACCAACCCUACCAAACGGCAACGAGACCUCAGAGCCAGCAGCAGAGGGCGAUGAAGUGACAGGUAAACCCACCAAGAAGCGAAAGCUGAACCUUGCGAAGAAAGCAAAGGACGAAGAAGAUACAGAAAAUGAGAACCCCGCAAAGGCGAAGAUGCAAAAGAGCGUAUCGAACAAAGAAGCAGCUGUGACGGUACCAGAAUCAACCGUCCCUGCCCCAGUCGCCGCCGCUGCGGAGCCUAGCUCGCAGACAGCCGCCUCUUCAUCAACGUCAUUGAGCACCUCUAUGACCGGAGCACCAACGUCAUCAACGGCUGCCCUCGGCUUUGGAAGCCGCAGUCUACCGAACAUCAACAACAGCGGUCGAAUGGAGUUCAGAAAACGGCCAGGACUGGACCCUGACCGUAUGAAGGCCAUCCUGUCAGGAUAUGGAUUACAAUGGAGUGAUAGAUCAGAAAUGCGAUGAUCUUCACCCGGUCUUUGAAUCAUUCACAUGGUAACAGAUCGAUACUAGUAGAUGCCCAGUGCCCGUCUUCGGUGUGCUUUUUGGCUGCUUUGGGAUUGUGUUUGCUCAAGGGGUUAGGAGGCAACGAUUCAUGUAGAUUAAUGUGAUUGUGUUUUGUAAACAUACGACGUACACCAAACGGGCCCGUGAUGCAUCGGAUCGCUGCUGCU